AUGAUGGAGGAGAUGUCGGUGGCGAUGGCGUACGAUGCCCACGCCAUGGAGCAGAUGAGUGAAGACGAGAUGCUGGCCUGUCUGGUGGAGGAAACUGAACCCAAAUUCACAGUCCCGACGAAGAAAGCCAAACUGGGGGAAAGUCUGCUUCAGAUAAUGGAUGAAGAAGAGGAUCUGGACAGAUACCAGAAGGAGAACCGGCGUCUGCAGCAGGCCAGCCUCCGUCUGGAGCAGGAGAACGACAGCCUGGCCCACAGACUGAUCUCCAGCAAGGUGGCCCUGAGGAACGCCUUAGACAAGACGGAGGACAGAGUGGAUGAAUUGACCAAAAACCUUUUUCACACCAGACUUCAGCUGCAGGCCACAGAAGAAGAGAUGAGAGGGAAGGAGGAGGAAGCUGCAGUGGCCAAGGAGGUGUUCAGGAGGGAGCUGGAGAAGACGGAGGAGAAGGUCAGGAGGUCCUCAGGAGUCAUCGCAGACUACAAACAGAUCUGCUCUCAGCUGACUGAGCGUCUGGAGAGGCAGCAGGCCGCCCACAGAGACCAGAUAGAUUCACUCACGAGCGCUCUGAAGGUUUGUUCUCGCUGUCGACUCGUCACAGAGUCAGAUGGAGCGUCAGACGAGGCUCAGAUGUCUCCGACAGAAGGCCGAGAGGGGACCGAACCAGGCCGGGACGAGGAGAACCAAGGACCUGAAGAGGCCGAGUGGAGGAGAGAGGAGCAGGAGAAGGAGUCCCUCAGGGCUCAGAUCAGGGAGCUGGAACAGGAGCUGGCCAAGACCAAACUCCAGAUGGUGGAGGCCAAGUGCAAGAUCCAGGAGUUGGAGCACCAGAAAGGAAUCCUGGCCAACGACCUCCAGGAAGCCAAGAACAGCUGGAUCAGGAAGGCCUUCACCUCCCUGCGGACCUCCAGCGGAGGGGGGCUCCACAGCAUCAGCAUCCCCAGAGACGGAGCUCCCUCAGCGGGCUGGAACCUCCACGGCGCCUCCCUGUCUGGAUGGAGCUCCAAGGUUCUGUCAUGGCCUCACAGAGACAACCGAGAAAACGUCUGAUCGCUUUAAAAAUGGACACAAUGGACAAAAAAUCAGACCUCAGAGUAUUAAAUCACAAUGUUAUGUGCAGUAUGUAGUCAGUACUGUAGCUGCUAUUCCUUGUUUUGUCCACUAGAGGGCAGCCUGGGGCGCAAAACAAGCAGAGGGGCGCACCUGAGAGACAGACAGGUGCUGCCAGUAUGCAAUAUGCAUUUAAAUGUUUAAGUA